AUGACAUCAACUAUUAGCCAGAGAUGCUCCAGAGUGGAGCAGAAAGAAACGAGCGGCUUAGAGAACUUUCAAGAUCAUCGAGGAUGUAGUGAGGCGAACGAAGAACACCCGACUCCGUGCCAACCUUUCGAUUUAACGGUACUUCCUGCCCUAACGUAUGCGUCUGAAACCUGGUCGCUGCGUGAGCAGGAUAAAAGGUCACUCAGCGUUAUCGAACGCGCAGUCGGAAGGACGAUGGUAGGAGUAUCCUGUUUCUCACAAGUAAGGGACGAGAUCCGAGGCUCCGAUCUGCGUCUGCGAUCAAAAAUCAAAGAUGCCGUUCUGUACGCCAAACAAUCGAAGAUACGGAGGGCUGGACACGCAAUGCGUAUGAAAGACAACCGAUGGAAAAGAGCCGUUAGCGGCUGGAUUCUUCGUGAUGUCAAACGUACUGCAGGAAGAUCAUCGAGCACAUGGUCAGAGUUCUUCGCAAAGAGCCUCGCAGAAAGAUAUGAUGCCCAACUUCAAAUUAGUCCAUCAGAAAGCCCCUACAUUGCGAAGUUGUACCGAAAGCCAAGUAGUGAAGAGACCUUGGUUCAUCACCUCCCCUCACACUCCUCUCAUACGAGAAGAGCGCUUUUGAGAAACAUCUCUCGAAUAACCAACAGCGUGUGCACAAGAAGAGAGCAGAGGAAGGUGUCACAGAACUUCGCGUGGGAAAAAGGCAUUUUUAAUGGCUACGAAAGUAACGUUACGACCCUUGAAGAGAAAUCAAAAACACAAGCGCGCAGAACUCUCGAAGCAUUCAGGAUUAAUUCCGAGAAUCCGGAAAUCAACGGCAGGGAGGAACGCCUCAUAAUCACGCUUGACAUUGGGCAGUAUAAACCUCACUCCCCUGAUCCCGAAAUAGCCCUCAAUUUCGCAGCGUUGGGUAGAAAGAGUACGGAGAGACUGCUAAAAUAUCAGGACCAAUGGAAGCUGCCUGGAUUACAGAGAACUAUGGUGACGAUCUGUACCUACAAUGCACGUACACUUGCACCCGAGUCCUCGAUAGAAGACAUGCUCAUGCAAGCAAGAAGGAUAAGGCACGACGUCAUCGACCUGCUCGACACGAGAAGACGCCAGCCUUUCAACGCCGUCUGUGACACCGGAAAAGAACUGUUCCUAGGAAAACGCGGCAGUAGAGGAGUCUGGGGCGUCGGCGUUCUCAUCAACACGAGUUUGUCCAUCAACAUCGACUUGUUCGAACAACUAACAACCCGAAUCGGACGCUUACGAUUAAAAGCAUGUGGAUCAAUUCUGGCUUCGACAAUCUUCGUGGUUUACGUGCCGACAUCAAACAAUGAAGAAGGAGUAGUCGAAGCGUUCUAUAUGGACUUGGAGAAGUUCAACAGGGAAGACCACACAGUCUUCAAGACUAUCAAUGGAGAUUUCAACGCUAAGAUUGGACGAAGAAGGUCUGAAGUUACAUUGGAACCCACGGAUUUGAGUGGAACGAAAGGGGUGAGCGGCUAUCUGUGUUUAUCAUGGAGACCAAGACAAUUCAUGGUAACUCGCAAUUCCAGAACCCCCACUCUCAGCGCUGGAAGUGCGAGUCUCCCAAUGGAGAGUAUAGAGAACAUUCUCCACAAAUAUUGGAAUGUUCUCUAUGUAGAACAAUUACAACCUUAUGCCUUCUACAACACCUAUCUAUUCGUAAUCGUCAUACAUCUAUCCUUGCACAUUCGGUAA